AUGAUGAUUGGAAGGAUGCAACAGGCGAGUGGAACCAUUGAGAAGGAAGUAACAGGUGGAGAGCUGGAGAGUGUGGUGAUGGAGGAAGAUUACCUUUACGAAACUAUGGAUCCCGCUAACGGUUCACAUAUUGAGCGUGGUCAAACAACCGGUGAUGACGCUUAUAGUGAUGGGCCGCCUGCUUGUGAAGUUUAUGAAACCAUCGAUGAAAGUAGUGGUAUCAACCCUCCAUUAGAAAACGCUGCUGGAUCGUAUGAUGCAUAUCGUCUUGGAUCGUCAUUCACUACUCGCGCAACUCUUCCUCCACAUGCUAAAGUGAUGAUGUUGAUGAAAUCAAAUACACCAGGAGAGAAACCAAGGCUGGUGAAAUUGGAACCUGUAGAAAACCCCUCAAAACCUGAUUUUCGAUUUGCUUUUGAAACCCUACGAAAAUGUGUAAAAAAAAGUACGCCAGUACAAAUCCCACGUACUCGCAAACGACGAAUUAUUCAGCCUGUAAUGAAGAAAAAUAAGAACACUGUCAACCCCUCUGAAACCAGACAAAUGACUGCGCGGGACGAACGAAAGGAUUUGAAGUCCGAACCUACUAGUGAUGAAGAAAGUAUUGAGAGUGAACGAAAUAGAAGGCCUAGACGUCCCCACAAGGCCCCACAACGAUACGGAGAUUAUAUCGAUGAAACGAAUCGGGAUGCCGCGCAUUUAAAUUUAUCCGAUAUUUCGGGUUUCGAACCUGAAGCCAAAGGAUCAGGGGAAGGAGAAAGGUCACGAAGAAGCCAUUCAGCUGGCAUGCGAAAGAGUUCUGAUGGAAAUUUGUCUGAAGGACAGGAGGAAACAAACGAAGAAGGUGAAGAUGAUAAUGAAAAUGAGUUUUUCGAAGACGAAGAGAUGGUUGACGUGGAAGGACGCGAAGAAGAAGAAAGGUUUAAUGAAACUGCCGAAGGUAUAAAGAAGGAUGGAAAUCAAAAAUCUGUGGGUGGGCAAAAAAGAAAGUUGCAGUGCGAUCGUUGUAGUCGUUAUUUCGCUAAUCAUAAUAGCAUGAACGCUCAUCGUUUCAAAGUACACCGGGUUGUUAUACGUGCUUCCGUUAAAUGCCCAGGUUGUGAACAUCGUGCUACAACAAUUCAUACAUUGAAUGAACAUGUGGCUGAUGAACAUGGUAUCAAGCUGCAGUACGUCAAAAGAAAGUUCAAAAACACUGGAGAAUUUCAGAAUUAUUUGGAUGAUUUAGCCGUAACUCGAAAUAUGGGAUUUGUUUUGCAUAGGAAGUCGGAAAAUAAACGACAGUUAUAUUGCAAUCGUUCUGGAGCGAUAAGGGUAAGCAAAGGAGGUUCAUUGCGUAAUCGUCCUCGAAAAGGUACUGCUAAAAUUGGUGCAAUGUGCCCUGCUCACUUGUUUUACACAGAAUGUGACGAUGGGUCUAUCGAAGUUAAUGGACAGUUAACUCAUUUUGGCCAUGCACUAGAUCCUAGGUUUGUUUUUCCAGCUACCAGCUCUGAGAAAGUAUCGGCACGUGUUAGGCUUACACGUCCUAAAAGAGAUUUGCUGCACAGAAGUGUCCCAGUAGAUUUGCAAGAUCAUAAUAAAAGCGCAGGAAGCGAUGAUGGUAGUUUUAUCAAUGUUGAUAAUGAUAAUACAAGUGGGUUUGGGGAGGGUAGAGCUCAUCAUAGAGGCGAAAGUGAAAUUGCACUGGAAGAACGUUACGGACCGCUUCAUCCGAAUUCCGAUGAAAUUGAUAUAAGAAUGAAAAAUAUCGAUCGGCUUUGUUCGUUCUUGUUUGAUAACGUAUCUGAGCAACUUUAUCGUUUGAAUGAUGAAACAAUGGAUAUGGUGUUGAGAGCACUUCGUACAACGCAGAAUUCAAUUUCGAACUUGAAUAGCAUGAUGAUACAAAUCAAAGAGGGUGAUCCUGAUGUUGUACAAAAAUUUCAGCGACGUGGACCAGGCUCACGUUAUGCGCAGUGGUUGCCAUCAUUUGCAAAUAUACCGGAUAGAAUACGCACAGAUUCAACAAGUAGUCGACAACAACGACGACAAAUGUAUGACACAGAAGAUUACGAUGAAGAUACAGUGUAUUACAGGCAUGUACCACUGCGUACUACUGAUGAGUAUGAAAAUGUUUAUGUUGUAGACGAAGGUCAGGUUGAAACAGCUGGAGAAGUGGAAACAGGUGAAGAGUAUUACGGAACUUACUGA